GGGGCAAGAACAGUCCAAUAUAUGAAAACGAUAAGGCCGUCCUAGAGUUGAGUUUCCUUAAACCCUUUUACCUUUCACCACUAUACUCUGAACGGGUACUCAACCCGCUCAAGUCUGCAUAUUUUUUCACAGAGUUUAUCCAAAGAAAGAAAUUUUUCCCCAAUUGAAUUGCUAUCAAUGGCAUCUCAGGUGAUAAGAGAAUGGGUCGGAAUGCAACAGUUUUCUUCUGCCACUGAAUUGAAGUUACUUGAAUUGCUAGGAAAAACGAAGCAGGAAGUUCAUAGUGUAAGUACAUUGACAGUCCUAGUAAUGGGCAAAGGAGGUGUUGGAAAAUCUUCAACAGUUAACUCAAUUUUAGGGGAAAGAGCAGUUGCUGUCAGUGCAUUUCAGUCAGAAACUCCAAGACCAGUGAUGGUUUCGCGAUCAUUGGCAGGAUCUACAUUUAACAUUAUCGACACCCCAGGGCUGGUUGAAGGAGGAUAUGUUAAUGACCAGGUUCUUGAUCUCAUAAAGAGGUUCCUCUUGAACAAGACAAUUGAUGUUUUGCUCUAUGUGGAUCGUUUGGAUACAUAUAGAGUGGAUAAUUUGGACAGGCAAAUUGUGAAGGCCAUAACAGAUAGUUUCGGCAAGGAAAUAUGGCGUAGAGCACUUGUCGUCCUCACACAUGCUCAGGUCUCCCCUCCUGAUGGAUUGAGUUAUGAUGAGUUUACUUCAAGAAGAUCAGAGGCGCUGUUGAAAAUUGUUCGCCUGGGAGCUCGAAUUAGAAAACAAGAGAUUAAGGCUUCUUCAGUUCCUGUUGUUUUGGUUGAGAACAGUGGGAGAUGUAACAAGAAUGAAAUCGAUGAAAAGAUCCUUCCAAAUGGAACUGCUUGGAUACCCAAUUUAGUCCAAACUAUGAUCGACGUUGUCUCAAGUGAUAGCAAGGGUAUCUUGGUUGACCAAAAAUUGAUCGAAGGACCGAAUCCUAACAAUAAGGGCAAAGUGCUCAUCCCUUUUAUCUUAGCAUUCCAGUAUUUCUUUGUUGUGAAAAGGAUCCAGAAGUGGAUCAAGAAUGAUAUUGCAACAGAGAGCAGACCUUCAUGGGCAUAAGCAACCAUCGGCAUAGGCCUCGUUUAUCCAAUUAACUUAAUUUUCCCUCUGGUUUUUUGUAGUACUUUGAGUUUCCCUCGUUUAUCCAAUUAACUUAAUCCUGCUUUUUGGUAAUAUUGUAGCAGUUAUAGUCAGCUAUAUCAGUUGUAUGCGGAAAAUGAAUUUCAAUUUCUUUUGCUGAGUCUGGCUUUAUCCCUUACAA